AUUUUCAUCAUUAUCAUUGAGGAGUCCUUUCGGUACCCUGUGAGCGAUUGAUUAAUUAUUACAAGUGAGAGAGAGAAGGAUUAAUUUAUUAAAUCAUAUAUAAUAAUCACGUUAAACGAUGAAUAGAGUAGUAUUGAGUAGUAGUAGAAAUAGACGUACAUUGGGAAAGGCUUUGACCACUGCCUUGUCUAUGAGACAAUCAUCAUCAAUUAAUUCUAGAAAAUUCAAUUCAUUAUCUGAUAAUAUUAUUAAUAAUAAUGGUAGUACUACUUUUAGUGGAACAACAAUUAAUCGUUCAUUUAGUACAGUGAAUAGUAUGAUUCAUAAAGCUGUUGAUCCAGAACUUUCCGAAACAAAAUAUAUUACUGUAAAAACACCUGAAGAUGUUGUAAAAAAUUCCAAUGUUAUUAUUGAAUGGUUAAAAGUUGAAGGAGAUCCAGUAGAGGAUAAUGAAAUUGUUUGUAGAAUUGAUAGACAACCAGUUGUUGGUGAUGAAAUUAGAGAAAUGCAAGCUGAUUAUAAAGGAAUUAUUCAUAAAAUUCCAUUCGAACCAAAGCCAACAAGGGAAGAUAUUGGAAAGAAAUUAAAUGUUAAAAUGUCACCAAAUCAAGAAUUAUACGUUUUACAAACAACUGAACAAGAAAUCAGAUCCCAAGAAACAGUAUUUGCCAAGAUUAAGAGAUUUGUCAAGCAAUACGGUGCUUUGGGUAUUGUAAUUUAUUUUGGUAUUUACUUUUUGGUUUUAGGUACAAUUUUCCUCUUAUUACAACAAGGAGUUUUCGCAACUAAGGAUGUUUUACAAUGGUUGCAUAGUAGUGGACUUGAUAAGCUUAUUGACAUGUCUGAUUUGGAUAAAUCAGAAAUGUAUGCCAAUGCCGGUGUUGCUUGGGUUUUGACUAAAUUUACUGAACCUUUGAGAAUGGCUGUUACUUUGGCUAUUACUCCAAGUAUUUACAGAUUAUUGAAAAAGUUAAUGAGAAAGUAAAUUUUAUUAUAUUGUAAUUC